UAACCCACCACAACCAAAUUAUCAUCUGUCAACUGUCAAUAUUUUCAUUCAAAGUGUCUCGGGGGGCUCGUGUUUGUUUUCUUCGCGCGUUGUUGUUGGUCUUACACCUGCAGAAAACUUUGUGUGGGAUUUCGUGGUCGGGCGGUACGAAACAAGUGGAUUCGCAAUGUCUUCCGACGAACCAGACUGGCGUAGUGUCCUCAUCAACCGCUUGCAGGAGCGAAACAGGCGGGAAGUCGUGAAUUUCCGCGGCGUCGUCACUAACAAUAAUCGCCUCUUGGAUCUCGUCGAUCAGCUCAAAGCCGAGAAUCUUCGUCUGUCCGUGCAGAAUGAGAAGCUGCGGAGCGGUCUGGGUGGCUCGGGAGGCGACAGUGCCGCAAUCGCCGCGCUUGAGAAGAAGCUCCUGACGCAGCAGGAGGAGCUCACAGAGUUGCAUAAACGCAAGGGCGAGAACGCCCAGUUGAUUGUCGACCUGAAUCUGAAGGUGGAGAAGCAGAACAAGCAGCUCAAGGAGAAGGAGGCCAGCUUGGCCGAGCAGCAAGCCGUCAUCGUCAGCCUCAAGGCGGAGGUGCAGAUGCUCAAUUCCAGCUUGCAGGAGCUGAAGGGACUCAACACGCUGCUCCGGGACGAGCACACGUCCCUCCAGCUCGAACUGUCGUCGCUCGAAGAGAAGCUCAGGAAAACUCAGGACGAAAAUCGUGCACUUGUAGAACGUUUAAUAAAAUACAAAGCAAAAGACGCUGAAAAAUUAAAUGAAGAAAAUGAAACAUUUCUCAAAAAAAGGUUUUCGUCCUUCUUCCUCAGGAAACGUUCCGAUAAGGUUCGUCGCGAUCUCGAGGAAGCCGCACGAGAAAGUCGUCGUUCGUCUAGUCCAAUAUCACUUCCGCCGGAACGGAGUGAUCGCGGUAGUUUAAGUGAUAUUUGCGGUGCAGCAGCUAAAAUGACUGGAUUUUACAGUGAUUCGUUGCCGUCCAGCGUGCAUUUAAAAUUUGAAGCCCAUGAUGGCGAAGUGAAUGCUGUUCGUUGGAGUCCUAUUGAGCGCUUGGUGGCAACCGGUGGUGCUGAUCGUAAAGUCAAGCUCUGGGAUGUUGGAAAGACUGUUUUGGAACCUCGCGGUGCGUUGGUAGGAAGUAAUGCUGGUGUCAAUUCAGUUGAUUUUGAUUCAACUGGUUCCAUGAUUUUGGGCACAUCAAAUGAUUUUGCGAGUCGAGUGUGGACAGUAGCGGAUCAGCGAUUAAGGCACACUUUGACCGGUCACAGUGGUAAAGUAAUGGCAGCCAAAUUCCUCGGUGAACCAUCAAAAGUAGUCACAGGCAGUCACGAUCGAACACUGAAAAUCUGGGAUCUGCGGAGUAAAGCGUGUACCGAAACCAAAUUCGCCGGGUCAAGUUGCAAUGAUUUAGUGACAACAGAUAGUUCCGGAUCGACAAUAAUCAGUGGACAUUUUGACAAAAAGAUACGAUUCUGGGACACAAGAACAGAUUGUUCGUCAAAUGACAUAGUCCUACAAGGGAAAAUCACAUCACUAGAUUUGUCAAAAGACUGCAAGUACCUUCUUAGUUGCGUUAGAGAUGAUACUAUUAAACUAUUAGAUCUUCGUAUGAAUCAAAUAAUAGGAACAUUUUCAAAUGAUAACUUCAAAGUAGGCUGUGAUUGGGCACGCGUAGCUUUUAAUAUGGACGCAAGCAGAGUAGCUGCGGGUUCAGCAGAUGGUUCGAUAUUCAUUUGGAAUAUCGGCGGUCAAUUGGAGACGGUCCUGAAAGAGCACUCUGCUGCAAUUACGGCGGUUAGUUGGCAUCCAUUCAGUUCAGCACUGGCAUCAGUGGACAGAGCUAAAAAAUGUGUAAUAUGGGUGGAUGCGUAGCAGUACAAUUAGGAAAGAUGGAAAUUUUAUUCUAAGUAGGUGUUGAACGCAAUUAUUUGCACAGCAAGCAGCAAAACUGGCCGCAUCUUCACAACCUUUUUCUUUUCUAUAGGAACAACGCCUUUUUCUAUCUUCGCAGUAUGCAGUAUAAUACCGUAAUCUUUUUAUGUAUGUAGUUAGUUUUUCUUUGUUUCACCAUUGUAUCUUGGAAAUGGAAAACAAUUGUAGAAGCCGAGCAAAAAGUAGUUGUUUGGGUAACGAGGCACGGACAGGUGCCGCUAUUGCGUCCUGCAUGCAAACCAUAGUGGAGAAUUCGCAACUAUAGGAGGAAGAGGUUUACACAGUGGAAUAGAUUCUAUUCCGGCUUCAGUAGGAUCAUCACACUUACUACGAUUUCAUUUAUUCUACGAUAUUUUUAUAUACAUAUUUACAUGAAUUUGUUAACGGAGAAGAUUGUUUGAGGAAGAGCUUCUGUUUAAAAAGGAGCCGACGUAGAGAAUACGCCAACCCUCUUUCCAUUUCACGAGAGAUUACAUAUUUUUAUAGAUAAAGUUGUAAAGCUAAGGAAAAGAUGGACCUAAUUCAAUUGCGAAUUUCUUAAUAUAUAGUUUCCCCUGGAGCUGUUCCCUCAAGCAACCGUUUCGGUUAAUUUUACGGAAAUUGACAUAAACUUUUUAUCACGUUCUACUGUUAAGAGAUAACUACACAACUGUAACCAUUUCUAUUUGACCAUAGUCCUUUUGAUUUAAGAUAAACCUAUACCUAAGUAACUCUGAAGCUACUAUUCAUUAUCCUUUUUUUACCGUCGACAAUUUCGAUAAUUUUUUUGUAUGUAGAAAAUACAAUAAAACCAACAAUUAAAUAAAGAAUCAGAAUCAGAUACUUGAAACUAAGUAGAUACAAAGAGCCAAGAAAAAAUAUUGAAAAUAAAAAUUAACGUUCGUUGUUUGUAAUGUUCAAAAUUAUGUUGUGAUACUACAUAAAAACACCACAAGAGACAUUGAGACGAACGGGAAUAA